UGGUACACUCUGCUUUCUCACCACACUCUUGUUCACAGCUUCCUUAAGGGUCAAGAAAUAAUUAAUGCUGAUCGAUCUUGGGUUUGUUACUCGAUUUCUUACUUCAGUUUGGAUAUCAAUAAUGAACGCGGAACGGGUGAGAUUCGUCAUGGAAAGAGGCAAUGAUAAUGUGAUUGAUAUCUCGAAUGCUGAAGGCAGUGAUGAUAGUGAUGAUGAUGAUAUCCCGAGGGUUCAAGUCGAAUGCAAUCACAAUGCUGAUCAUGUCCAACCUGAAAAAGCAACCAUUAUAGAAAUGGAGUAUGAAGUGGAGAGGCCCUUGUGCAUGAUGUGUGUGCAUAAAUACAUCAACAUGAUCACCAAGAAAUUCCCAGAGGCGAGUCAAGUGACAAUCUACAUGGGGCCGGGUGUGCCUACUGUUAUUGAGCAUAGAGUUCCGGGGAUGGAUUUCAUAGGGCGGAAGGCUCCCUUGGCUAAACACAAAUUUCAUCCAAGGCGAGAGAGGGCUGAAGUGAUGGAUGAAGGUUGCAUGGAUAACAGUGGAGAUGAAAUGGUUCCUGAAGAUGAAGAUGGAGAUGGAGAUGAAAUGGAUCCGGAAGGUGGAGAUGGAGAUGAAAUGGCCCCGGUAGCUGGAGGUGGAGAUGAAAUGGAUCCGGAAGGUGGAGGUGGAGAUGAAAUAGCUCCAGAAGCUGGAGAUGGAAUGAAUCCGGAAGGUGGAGGUGGAGAUGAAAUAGCUCCAGAAGCUGGAGAUGGAAUGAAUCCGGAAGGUGGAGAUGGAGAUGAAAUGGCUCCAGAAGCUGGAGAUGGAGGUGGAGAGGAAGUUGACAGAGUAAUUGUCAUUAACCGAAAGCGAGUGAGGUCUGAAGCGAUGGAUAACAAUGGAGAUGAAAUGGAUCCUCAAGAUGAAUUGAUGGACGCUGAGUAGUUUCCACCUAACCAGAUUGCCAAUUACCAAUGUAAUUCACCUCAGUCUCUUUUGUUCUUUUA